CUGUGCUUCUAUUGAUCACCCCGAAGAGCCGACAAACGCGCCACUUGCGCUGUGCAGCCGGGGAUGCGAGAGAUGGUGCUUUAAUUCAACGUCAGAUCAAGUUUGAUCAAUAUCCCCCUGCUGGCCCAAUUGGAGGAGCCUUAUUCACAAUCAGAUCCGCUACUCUCGCCACCACCAUCUUUGGGAUAAGUCCCUGCUUUUUUUCCAGUGGCAGAAAAUUUGCUCUGCAACCCGGUUUGUACCUCAAUGAACCUAAUUGGUGCAGAGUGGAAGCGCAUAAAUCUGGAGGAUUUCCUUUAAGUCCGCGGUUGUGUACAUGAUUUUGCCUUAUCAGAUUCCUUUUAGGAGUUGAAUUUAAAGGUUGGAGAAAAUGGCACACAGUGCGGUGCUUUUCUUAUUGUGGUUUUUCCGCACAUCUCUGGCAGGCUUCCCUAACCAGAUAAAUAUAGGGGGACUCUUCAUGCGAUCAACGGUGCAGGAACACAGCGCCUUUAGAUUCGCAGUUCAGCUCUACAACACCAACCAAAAUGUGACCGAAAAACCUUUCCAUCUGAAUUAUAACGUAGAUAACCUCGAAUCAUCCAACAGCUUCUCGGUCACCCACGCAUUCUGCUCACAGUUCUCCAGAGGCGUUUAUGCCAUCUUCGGCUUCUACGACAAGAAGUCCAUGAAUACUCUGACCUCCUUCUGCGGUGCCCUGCACACCUCCUUCGUCACGCCGAGCUAUCCCACAGACGCGGACGUGCAGUUCGUCAUUCAGAUGCGUCCUGCCCUGCGAGGUGCCAUUCUCAGCAUGCUGUCCCACUACAAGUGGGAGAAAUUCGUCUACCUGUAUGACACAGAGAGAGGGUUCUCAAUACUACAAGCCAUCAUGGAGUCGGCGGUCGCCAGCAACUGGCAAGUGACGGCGCGCUCAGUGGGGAGCGUCACAGACCCUCAGGAGUACAGGCGCAUCAUCGAGGAGAUGGACAGGCGACAGGAGAAGCGCUACCUGAUAGACUGUGAGGUGGACAGGAUUAACGACAUCCUGGAGCAGGUUGUGGCUCUCGGGAAGAACAGCCGUGGUUACCACUACAUUCUGGCCAACUUGGGUUUUUCCAACAUCAGUCUGGACAAGGUCUUCCUCGGCGGGGCGAACAUCACUGGCUUUCAGAUAAUAAACCCCGAAAAUCCCAUUGUGCAGCAGUUUCUCCAGCGCUGGGACCGGCUGGAUGAGAGGGAAUUCCCCGAAGCCAGGAACACACCCCUGAAGUACACGUCGGCGCUGACCCACGAUGCCGUGCUGGUGAUCGCCGAGGCCUUCCGGUACCUGCGACGCCAGCGGGUGGACGUGUCCCGGAGGGGUAGCGCCGGGGACUGCCUGGCUAACCCUGCGGUGCCCUGGAGCCAGGGCAUCGAUAUCGAACGGGCCCUCAAGAUGGUCCAAGUUCAAGGCAUGACUGGAAACAUCCAGUUUGACAGCUUCGGCCGGCGAUCGAAUUACACCAUCGAUGUUUACGAGAUGAAAACAGGUGGGCCGCGAAAGAUCGGGUACUGGAACGAGUAUGAAAGAUUUGUAAAUAUUAUGGAUCAGCAGGUCACCAACGAGUCUUCUGUGGAAAACCGAACAAUUGUGGUCACUACUAUUAUGGAAGCGCCGUACGUGAUGUUCAAGAAAAACCACAUGCAUCUGGAAGGGAAUGACAAGUAUGAAGGCUACUGUGUCGAUUUAGCUUCCGAAAUUGCAAAACACGUGGGGAUAAAGUACAAACUGUCCAUUGUAAUGGAUGGAAAGUAUGGUGCAAGGGAUCCUGAGACCAAAACAUGGAACGGGAUGGUGGGUGAACUUGUGUAUGGGAGAGCAGAUAUAGCUGUUGCACCACUAACUAUAACGCUGGUUCGAGAAGAAGUCAUUGACUUUUCUAAGCCUUUUAUGAGCUUGGGGAUCUCCAUUAUGAUUAAGAAGCCCCAAAAGUCCAAACCUGGAGUAUUUUCCUUCCUCGACCCCUUGGCCUACGAAAUUUGGAUGUGUAUAGUGUUUGCCUAUAUCGGCGUCAGUGUGGUCCUUUUCCUGGUCAGCCGCUUCAGCCCUUAUGAGUGGCAUCUGGAUGAAAACGACGAGGCCAAAGACCCACAGACCCCUCCGGACCCACCAAAUGACUUUGGGAUAUUUAAUAGUCUCUGGUUCUCCCUGGGAGCCUUUAUGCAGCAAGGAUGUGAUAUUUCACCAAGGUCUUUAUCGGGGAGGAUAGUGGGUGGAGUCUGGUGGUUCUUCACCCUCAUCAUCAUUUCGUCCUAUACGGCCAACCUGGCCGCCUUCCUCACGGUGGAGAGGAUGGUCUCCCCCAUCGAAAGCGCAGAGGAUCUUGCCAAACAAACGGAGAUUGCAUACGGAACCCUGGACUCAGGCUCCACCAAAGAGUUCUUUAGACGCUCAAAAAUAGCCGUUUAUGAAAAAAUGUGGUCAUAUAUGAAAUCAGCAGAACCCUCUGUCUUUGCCAAGACAACGCCCGAUGGGGUUGCCCGGGUACGAAAGUCGAAGGGCAAGUUCGCCUUCCUCCUCGAAUCGACCAUGAACGAGUACAUUGAGCAGCGGAAGCCAUGUGAUACGAUGAAAGUGGGCGGCAAUCUCGACUCUAAGGGCUAUGGUGUGGCGACUCCCAAAGGCUCGGCAUUAAGAAAUGCUGUUAACCUGGCAGUGUUAAAACUGAACGAGCAGGGCCUCUUGGACAAAUUGAAAAACAAAUGGUGGUACGACAAGGGAGAAUGCGGCAGCGGGGGAGGUGACUCCAAGUGUAUGCCGAUUACUCAAAGCGAUAUGGGUAGGCCCUGGCACUAUAGCCUAGCCAUGGUGGAACAGAGAACUCCUGUAAACCUUGCAGUAUUGAAACUCAGUGAACAAGGCAUCUUAGACAAGCUGAAAAACAAAUGGUGGUACGAUAAGGGUGAAUGUGGAACCAAGGACUCGGGAAGUAAGGACAAGACAAGUGCUCUGAGUCUGAGUAAUGUAGCAGGAGUCUUCUAUAUUCUGGUCGGAGGUCUGGGGCUGGCCAUGAUGGUGGCUUUGAUAGAAUUCUGCUACAAGUCUCGUGCAGAAACCAAAAGACUGAAACUAGCCAAGAACGCCCAAAAUUUUAAGCCAGCUCCCCCGGCAAACACGCAGAAUUUUGCCACAUAUCGAGAAGGCUACAAUGUGUAUGGAACCGAGAGUGUUAAAAUCUAAAGGCACAGCUGGAAGGAGUCAGAAGAGCUCGGAGUGAACCUGACACUGAUGACCGGAAAGUUUGACGCGAUGAAUAAGUCACAGGCCUGGAAAUCCCGCUGGGCUCAGCAAGCGCUAGCUCCAUAGCGGAGGGCAUAAUGAGUGAAAAGGACCUGUCAUUUAAAGAACUGAAUUUGUUUCCUUCAGUGCCUUAUAGAACAUUCAGAACGUCACAACAAUGCAACUCGUCAUAGUAAUAUUGCUUUGCUUGAAAUACAAAAGAAAAAAAAAUGGAGCAAUGGUAUAAUCUAACAAAUGAGUCUUCGGUAGAUACUCUCACUAAAGAAACAGCCAUCAGUCACAACCCUAGCACAUACGGAAGACCCUGACAUAGCAGAAUUCACCAGGCAAUGGAUGGUACUAUAGUCAUAUAUAAAGAAAUAUUAUUUUAAAUGUUGUGAUUGAUUUACAGCCAGAUUGUAAUGGUUGGGUAUAAUUUAAAUGUCUUACAAAUCCAUGUAAUCAAUUCAUUAUCAAUUCAUUUAAAGUAGCCCUGAUGCUAGCAUUUACAAGAAAUGGAUUGUUGACUCAUUUUGGUUUGAUUAUAAGGGCAGAGAAGUUUUGUUCCCCAUUGAAGCGAAUUAAUGGACAUUUUUCUCAUCACGAGUCCUCCAUUGGGUGGCUGUGUUGGCAUCUUCUGAAUCCUGGUGCUGUUGGGGACUCGGUACUUUAUCAUAGAUUGACGGCCUGUGAACCAUCCAAGGUCAAUGAUAAAAGCACCAUUCAGCAUACAGUAAGAUGAAAGGCCGCAUGUGACAAAAUUUACUGCCAGCCGAUCUCUCUCUCUCUCUCUCUCUCAGAUACGAGCAAUUUGCAAAUCAUAUAUGGAGUCAGGUUGAAGCUUAUAUUAACUGUGAAUUGAACAUACACUAACACAAGUCACAAGCAUAUGGUACAAGAUAUUUCUAGAUACCUGGAAGAGAUACACAGAUAUACUGUAUAUGUAUACACUUCUGCUUAAUACACCAUUACAACCUGGAUUUUAGGGUAACAUCUGACACAUUGGUGGCUUUUUUAAAAUGAUUUGUCCAAGUAUAUGGCCUGAAGAGCGAAAACAAAAUCACUCAAUUGUAGAUACACUGCAAUUAUUUAAAAAGACUUAGGGUAACAGCUUUGAAAAUGGUAUUUUGGAUUACCUUCAAUAUUUUGUGAAAUGAUAGCACAUUUUCAAUCAAGCUGUGGUUUAAUUUUGGUUUUGUUUUACUUUGUAGGCAUUCUGUUUUGUGGAUAACUUAAGAAAUGAAAAAAAAAUAGUAAAUUAAAAUGGAAAGUACUGUAUAUGUUACCCUAUGGUCGGUAUAGGGGCAAUUUUUAAACUAAAGCUUAGCAAACGUCCAUUUAAUGCUGUUACAAUUCUUUUACUUUCUCUAAGAAAUGUGAUUAUGUAGUAUUUGAGACAUGCCAAGAAGGAUUUCAUUGAAAAAGCAAAAGAUUACAAUAGUUUUAUAUAAAAUAAAACUGUAAAAAAAAACUGUAAAGAAACCUGUACAUUUAUUUAAAGUCAAUUUAUGAAUGCAAAGAGGCUUCACAAAAAUUUUGGUUUUUCAAUUUUUCAGACUGCAUGUAAAAUUGGUAACUGCCUAACAAGGCCUGAGACUUUGCUCAGACGGUAGGAGGUCAGUGGUAGAAGCGUAACUUCUCUUUCUAUUAUUUGACCCCCCCUUCAAAAAUUGCCAAGCGACCUACCAAUUACAAGGAUAAGAACUGCAUGUGUGGGUGUAAUUUACCGAACCUCAAUAGUGAGGCGCUGUACAAAGAAUUUUAAUACAUUUUGUAAAUAAAACUGUAUAGAAAUUA